UGAGCUCACUAAGUGCUGCGAUCACAGUCAGUGGGGUAGAAUAUUCAACUCCAUUGGGUGACACUUCUACAAAUGAAUUCAUGGAUGCCGCUGCACUGUGGGGGGGAAAGAUCACUGGCGGUUACUGCAAUGCUACAGCCGAUUCAAGGAACGGCACUGCUUGUCCAUUCAUGGUGACUAUAACAGGAUUCGACAAUGGUUCUCUGGUAGUUCAUUUUACUGUUGUGUUUGAGAGCUCCAUGGGUUCCACUCUGAAUGCAUUUAAUAUCCAAAUCUUGGACGCAAACGGAACUCCCUACGGUACAACGGUUUCUGGCGUAACUCUUGUCUGCGCUGGGGUGACGUGUGUAGACUGUACAUCAUGCAGCGAAGCGACUACCCCGGUCACGAGAAUUCCAGGAACUCUUCAAUGUUAUUCCUGUUCGACUAACUCCAUAACGGAUGUUUGCUCUACUGCUGAUGACCUUGCAAGCGGUUCUGGAGUACUAACUCCUACAUGCUAUCAAGGACAGCGUUGUUGGACUGAUCAUUAUGAGAACUCAUCACACACGGUUGUGUCACGUGGAUGCAAAGAUGCGCUAUGCAGCGACUUGCAUGAAGAUGGACCUGAUUGCUCAACGGCGAAUGGUGUUACCAGUUGCACAUCCUGUUGUACUGAAUCAAAAUGCAACGACAACAAAUCCAGCUCUGAGGGUCUCACUUCUAGCUGUGUGACAUGGCUGACAUCUUUUUUCUCAAUGGUCAUCGUGCUGAUCACUUAUAGAACCUAAAUGAACUCAAAUGUCAAAAGCUGUUUCUAUUUUAACAUUUAUUAUAACAGGCACAAAUUUGCCUACUCAAUUCGCAAUCAAAUUUUGAACACAUUGUUUAUUGACUUUUGUAAUUGAUUAAAGACUAAUGGUUGAACUAGUACAUUUUGAUUAAUCAUACAGAAAAUACUAGUAUCACUUAUAGAACCUAAAUAAACUCAAAUGUCAAAAGCUGUUUCCAUAUUACUAUUUAACAUAAAGGUCAAAAAUAUUCCUACUCCAUUCACAAUCAUAAUGUGAAUAGAUUGUCUAUUGACUUUUGUAAUUGAUUAAACACUAAUGGUUGAACUAGGACAUUUCGAGUAAUCAUACAGGCAAUACGACACACAUUUUAGCGGCAGAUUGGAAGGAUUUUUUUAAAUAUGAAGUUUGAAACAUAAUUUUUUUAAAUCCAAAUAUUGCAAGCACUUAUGUACUCAAAUAAUGAAUUGUAUUUCUUAAGAUAAAAUGUAUAACUAUAUUAAUAAUCAUACUAAUAAUACUCAUAUGGCUCCGUUUAGUCUCAUUUCACAACGCCCCCUAUCGUCAGAGCAUG